AUGAAUGACGAUAUUCCUAAAGGCUGCCUAUGUUAUACUAAGAAAGUUAAGGGAGAAAUUCCGAAAACAUUUAAAAAAGCAAAUAAAAUUUUAAGUAAAUAUAAGAAUAAUAAUCUAAAUGUAAAUUUAUUGAUCUAAUCCUAGAUUUCAGAUGAUGAUAUAUUAGAUGUAAUCAUUAGACUGUAUGUCGCUGAAAACAAGUCAAAUGCUAUUGCUAUGCUUUAAAGAUGCCGUAUCAAUCCUAACUUUGGAAACAAUCUUUAAAGAAAGGAUCUUGAAUACUUUAUACCCUAAAUAGUAAACUUUAUGGUUUUUCAUCAACAUUUGAGUGAUGAUAAUUUUAUUUAAUUUGUGCUGAAAGCUUCAUCACUUGAUUUCUUUUUUGCACAUCAAGUUUUCUUUUAAUUAAAAAGCCAAUCUUAAAUCAUAACAGCGAAUGAACCAGUUACAUUUACAAUAGUAAAAAAAUUUACAGAUAACUUUUUCUUGAAAAUGUCUCAUAAUUAUGCAGGAAACUUAUUGAUAGCAUCCAACAUUUUAUAAAUUGAUUUAGAAGAGAUAAAUCUCAAUAAAAAUAAUUUAAAUACUUCAAAUGAGAUUAAUUCUCCAACUAAAUCAUCUCUUUAACAAGUUUAUUAGGGAACACUUAGAAUUGAAUCUAUGAAAAUAAAUGAAAACAUAUCCAAUUAUGGAACAAAAGAAUGGAAUAAAAAUGAUAAUAAACUAUAUUUUGAGAAUGCUGUUUUAAAAAACUAUAAAGAAAUUCAUCUCCAAGAUUAUAAUUCAAUUUUUGGAAAACGAUAAACCAAUUUUGAUACUGCUUUUUUUUCUAACAUAUCGUUUUGGGAUGAUAUAAUGAAAAUAUGUGAUGAAUUAUCAAAGGCUAAGAAAAAAACUGAGUUCUUGCAUUCUUGUUUAUAAAAAAUGAAUGAAAAUUUACCUGCUGCAGUUUAUGUGCCAUUUGUUGGAAAUUCAAUAAGAAAUCAUGCCGUUCUAAAAAUAGUUUAUAAAGAAAGUAGGGUAUUUUCAACAAAAAUGAGAAGCCCUUUUAGUCUUGUCUUAGAACUAUACAGACCAGAAAUAGAAGAGAAAAAUAAUUCUUUGAUUGUUGAAGAAUAAAUAUCUUUUCCAAUAACUGCAAAUGUAUAAAAAUUUAUUUAAAUUUAGACUAAUCUAAAAUCAAAAAAAGUGGAAAGAACAUAAAGUCAUUUAUUAUAGGAUGAUCUAAAAUUAGAUGAAAUUUAAAGGAGAUUUUCAUAAGUAGAUAUAUAAAAAUCAAUUUAAAAUGAAUUUAUGUAAUUGAAAUUCAAUUAAUUGAAAUCAUCAAUUGAUUAAAAUCAACUUGAUGGAACUUCUAAAUUUUAUUGUUUAAAUGAUGAUUCUGUAAAUAGUGAUAUUGAAUAAAUAGAUUAAAAGGAGAUUCCAAAAUAUUCUACUACAUACUCAUUAUAAGAGAAUGUAUAAGCAUUUAGUAUUGAAGAAAAUUCAAAUAUAGAAUAAGUUGAAAAGGAAGAAAAGGAUAUUUUACUUAUAAGUAAAAUGCAUAGAAAUAGUUAUCUUUAAGCUGAAAAAGGAAUAACACUUAAUAGGGAAGAAUAUAAUGAAUUAAAAAGAACUAUUUUUGGUGAAAGCUCAUCUUAAUAGGAGGAAAGAAUUAAAUCAUAAUCUAUAUUUAAAAAUUUAAAAUCUUGGAGAUUAGCACAUUUAAUUAUAAAAACAGGAGAUAAUUUAAAGUAAGAAUAAUUUGCUUUACAAUUGAUAUCUUAAUUUGAUUAAAUAUUUAAAAAAUCAGGACUACCUCUAAAAUUGAGAUCUUAUGAAGUCUUAUCUUUAGGACCAGAUUGUGGAAUUAUAGAAAUGAUUAAAAAUGCAACAACAAUUGAUAGUUUAUAAAAAAAUCUAAGGAAAAAAUAUCAAUAGUUCAUGAAUUUCUCAGAUUUCUUUAGAAGCUUUUUUAGAAAUAAUAUAGAUUAAGCAUUAUAAAAUUAUGUUUAAUCUUUAACAGCUUAUGGGUUGGUUUGUUAUUUUUUAUAAGUUAAAGAUAGACAUAAUGGAAAUAUAUUAUUAGAUAGUGAAGGACAUUUGAUUCAUAUUGACUUUGGAUUCUUUUUAUCAAAUGCUCCUGGCAAAGGAAUGGAAUUUGAAGGAAAAGUUCCAUUUAAGUUAUUAUCUGACUAUAUAUAAGUUUUGGGUGGAGCUAAAGGGACUUUAUUUAAAGAAAAUUUUAGGAAAUUGUUUUAUAAGUAUAAAUUAUUAUAUUUUUAGAGGAUUCAAGGCAUGUUAAUAACACUAAAAAGAAAUAUUACUUCUUGUAGAAAUGAUGUAUACAGGUCAUGGUACUACAUUACCUUGUUUUUAAAAAGGAGAAUAAGCUAUAAAAGAACUUUAUGCUAGAUUUAAUCCAAGAGUAAAAUCUGAUGCAGAACUUUAUGUUCAUGUUUAAGAAUUAAUCAAUCAUUCACUUGAUAAUUGGAGAGCAAGAUGGUAUUUUUUUUAAAUAAAUUUAGGUAUGACAAAUUUUAAUACUUUGCUUAAGGUGUAUUUUAUUGA